AUUUUCACAAUACAAUGUCGUGUAAAUAUUUUCUCCCCCGGGGCAAAGAAAAGUUUAUCUCAAUUUUCCAGGGGGAUAGGAUAGUACUAAUUAUCAAGAUAUAAUAUAUUGUUGAAUGCUCAUUAUAUAUCAUUGGUUAUAUCACUGAGCAAUUUUUGAAAGGAUUUACUCGUGUUUCUUAAAAUGUCUAAAUAUUCCUCUUAUGCAGUGACUGUUUCGUCCGGGUGCGAUAUAGUGAAAUAUCUUAAGGAUUUUACGACAACUCAGAAUUUCCAAGCUGCGUUUGUGGUGCAGUGUGCUGGUGAAGUAUCCAGAGCCACUUUAAGGAUGGCAGAAUCUUGGAAUGCAUAUCAACCCGUAAGUUGCUUAUGGUCCAUUUGCAAUGCAGUGUUACUGGUUACCUUUGGGGCUUGGAAAAGAAUCACUAGAUCGAGUAUAAAUGAGAUUGGUUUUAAAGACUUCCUCCUUGGGGAUGGUUCUAGGCCUAGAUGGUUCUAGGCAGAGUCAUUAUAGCUUGGUUCAAUUUGCAAUAAAAACUGUCGAACUUUGAAAUCUAGAGUCUCUGAAAUGUAUUUCCUCCAUUCCGGGGAAGAUUUCAAAUGACUACCUUGACGAUUGAAACUCAUCCUUAAUUAACUAAUUAAGUUGCAUGCAGAGCUUCUGCAUUGAGAAGUAAAAUUGUCUGCUGUUAGACAAGUAAAAAAAAGUAGGGUGCACUGGGGCACAUUGCGGCUCAAUGGGUUAACUAGAGACAUUGUCAGAUUUUUUGGUUAACCCAUUAAAGCUGCAGAGAUUCUCCAUUGAUGAGUAAAAUCAUCUGGCGUUAGACGAGUACAAAACACCCACAACAACUGUUUUCAGCCAUAUAUAUGACCACUGGCAAAAACCAACUGCAUUUAUAUACAGGUGUUGUUGCUCUGUUUUGAAUUUUAAAUUACCCUCUAAUUGAGCACAUUUUCAAGAUAUCUCUUCACCUUACUUUUUGAAGUAUUAAGUUUGAUAUUUAAAUUCAUGUUUGGUUUUAAUUAAUUUAAUUAAAUAUGAUAAUUCGCUCCAUGUCCAAACAGCUCAAUUUUUGACGAAAGAAUGCAACAAUUGCAUUUGCAGACUUGUUCAUGAGUGGAGGGUGUUCCACUCCCCCCCCUCUCCCUAGUGCCGCCCUGUUCCCCUAGGAAGAAGUUAAACAGUUUAUACUUAAAAAGUAUGAGCACUAUGCAGUAUAAUUGAGUAGCUGGUUUGAAAUUGGAUUGCAAUUGAUCUUUGUGUUAUCUGAGAGAAUACCAAUAAUUAUAAAACAUAUAACCUUAGGUGAAAGAAGUUUCUGACCUGACCAAGAUAGAGUCAUUUGUUGGUACAAUAUCUGGUGGCAAUGGUCAUUUACACGCCUCGCUUUCGCACAAAGAUGGUGAGGUGAUAGGCGGCCAUGUUUUUGGACCAGUGGUCGCUUCUGGAAAUGUGGAGAUUGUCGUUGGAGAGUGUAAGAAUCUCUCGUUCACAAGGACACACGAUGAACAAACUGGUUUCCCUGAACUGCUUGUACUAGACCGCAAUGCCGAGUCAAACUUACAACAUGAAUCACAGGGCCCAACCUCACAAGGAGAGGUGGACACAACUGUCGACGACUUGACCAUCAAGACAUAUGCAUUGCGUUUGGUACCAGGAGAAGAGAUUUGUAAUGGUCUAAAUAUCUUUGUAUCAAAACACAAACUAAAAGAACCGUUCAUUAUGACGUGUGUUGGUAGCGUCACAAAGGCUGUGAUUAGUGUCGGUCAAGAUGAAAAGGUAAAUUAUUAUAAAUUUUUAAGAGGGUAUACUAUAGAAUUUGGUUGGAUCCAUGGUAUGAUAUAUUGAUGGUAUAUGUUGUGGUUGAUAUGGUAUAUAUGAUAAUUAUGUAAUAUGGUAAGUAACUCCAAGGUAUGGACUGUAUGGUAAACUAUGUGGUGGUAUGGCAUAUAUGGCUAUAUGGUAUGCUAUAAUGGUAAACUAUGUGGUGGUAUGGCAUAUAUGGCUAUAUGGUAUGCUAUAAUGGUAAACUAUGUGGUGGUAUGGUAUAUGGUAUAUGGUAUGCUAUAAUGGUAAACUAUGUGGUGGUAUUGUAUGGUAUGUAAGUAUACUAUGCCAUGGUAAACUAUGUGGUGGUAUAUAGUAUUUUAAUAUUCUCUUGUUGUAGGUAUUAACAAUGGAAGGUUAUUUUGAAAUUGUAUCUUUGCUUGGCACACCCAAAAAUCUUCAAAUAUCAUUGUCUGAUAAAGAUGGUUGUGUGACCACUGGUCAUGUGACUGGAGAAUUGAUUGUAUUCACGACAGCAGAGCUUGUGCUCGGUGAAAAAAUAUCUGAAUAAUUACGGAAUGAUCUUGUGAAUGAACCUAGAAUCAUGAUUGUAUAGAUCUAAUUAAUCACCUUUGUUCCAUUCUAUGCUUACAUUAUCAGAACAGUGGUAUAAACUAGGCAUCCGAGUACGUCAUAUGCUUUAUCAAACAUUAAACUCUUUCUAUAUUUUUAAAAUAAAUUACCAUCUGAUGAUAUAAUUCAGUAUUUUGAUAUUAACAAUAAAUUAUCUGAUUAUUUAAAUAAACUACUUGUCAUUCAUUUUUUCUUCGAAUUUCUUUAGAAGUAACUCGGAAUAUUUUUCUAAUAGUGGCGUUAUUUGUCCGUUUUCGUUUGUAGUGAAAACGUGUUCUGUCUGUUGUGAACUGUCCUUUGUUUCUGUGUGUUUAGUUAACGAGUGCUGAGUUUCAGCGUGUUCUUCGCUGUUCGUUUCCGUGUUUUUCGAAGCUCUGGGCGAGCGCACGAGUCGUCGCUCGCGUUCAUUCUUACACUCUGAAAUACUUUCAUGUAUCGUCGUAAAAGUCGCAGCGAGCAUCGAUAAACCUUGACGUUGAUUGUCUUUGAUAUCCCCGUUUAAAAUCUGGAA